CUAGUUUUCACAGGUCCCGGGUUCGAUUCCCGGUCUGGCCGCUACAUUUUCUCCUCUCCUGUUACACAGAGAUAUGAUUUCUGUAUGUUCAAAAAAAUGAAUUUCAAUAUCAUUGAAGAUUCUACAGUAAUAGACAAAGUGAGCUGGGCUUUGGUGUGUCUUGUUAUCUAUAGAAGGCCUUGCAGGCCAUUUCAUGACAAUAGCAACUUAUAAUAUGAGAUUUGUGUGUAAGAAUGUGAACACAGGAUGAGGUAGCAUGUAGAUCAAAUGAUUUCUGUCUGUUACAGAUAUGACCAUGUAAAACCUAAGUCUAAUAUCUCAAAUUAUACUGUGCAUGAAAAUAUACGGAAGCCUUCAUCAAACAGACCGCCACCUCUAAAUUAUGCAGAUAAAAAACCUUUUGGAAACAUGGUAUCUCUGAAAAAAUCAAAAGGAGAUGUUGAAGUAAUGCCAACAGUAUCUCCAAGACCUCCUGAUGAAUGGGUGAAAGCCACAGAGUUUAUACCUGGGCAACCAUAUCAAUGUUCUUCAGUCCCUUUCUCCUACUCAAACGCUGUAGAAACCAACAGUGAAAACCCAAAAGCACUCAUCAUACAGGAAGGGAUGGAUCCAUAUGCAGAUCUGUCCAAAUUAGUCUGUCCAUUCUUCGCCCAGGGCCACUGUCCCUAUGAUGAAGAAUGUGCCUACAUCCAUGGAGAUAUUUGUGAAAUUUGUGGCAUGCCAACCCUACAUCCCUCCGACCUGGAUCAGCGGGAAAAACACAAUAGUGAAUGUCUGAAACAGUUAGAAAAUGACAUGGAAUUAUCUUUCGCAAUUGCCCAAAGUAAGGACAAGGUGUGCGGUAUCUGUAUGGACAACAUCUUGGAAAAGGAACCACCGACUGAACAGCGAUUUGGAAUCAUGUCCAACUGUAACCAUACCUUCUGUCUCAGUUGCAUAAGGAAGUGGAGGGGAGCUCGGCAGUUUGAAAAUAAAAUUGUCAGGGCCUGUCCAGAAUGUCGUGUAACAUCCGACUUUGUCACUCCAAGUAAAUACUGGGUGGAAAGUGACGAGGAAAAGAAAAAACUAAUACAAGGCUACAAGAAAGCUUUAAGUGCUAAACACUGUAUGUAUUUCAAGAAAGGAGAUGGAGAAUGUCCAUUCAACGAUAAGUGCUUCUACCUUCAUGCAAAUGCCGAUGGUACUAUUGCAACGCCGAAACCAAGACAACGACGCCGAAGGCAAAACGCCGAAGGAGAUAUAGACUUAUUUUCGCAAAUAAGUUUAUGGGAUUUCUUUGAAGAAAGGGAAAACAGAGUACUUUUACUAGAACUGGAAGCAGAAUUAGAUAAUUUACUGUUAAAUCUUAGGUUAGGUGACAUGGAUAGUGAUAGUGAUUUUGAUGAAUUUUGGUGAUUCUGGAAGUAUUUUUGUGAUCCAUUCUGGUUUCCCCUUGGACUGAUAACUAUCAUGUGCAUACUUUUUUUCUACUCUCACAGAGUUUGGUAUUUAUCUGACAGACUCGUUUGUUCCCAUCCUAAUUGACUAAAUACCAAAAAAAGGAUGUUACUUGUGAUAUAUUGAUGUAUACGAGAGUUAUCCCCCUUGGCCAUAUUCUACUUUACACAAGCUUGUUUGGCUUUCUGUUGUCUCAUCAGGGAAUUAUAAUAACCAAGUCUUGUUGAUCUUCAUUAUUGAUCUUUAAGGAUUUUUUGUUUGUGGAAGUCUUUUGGAAAGAACUUGCAUAUCUCAGUAAGAUAUCAUACAACCUUGAUACCAAACAUGUCAAAGCGAGAGAGCAUUUAAGUCAAUACAAGAUAAGGUAGCAUACAACCUUAAUACCAAACAUGCAAAAAAAUAUAGCAUACAAACUUGAUAUGUAGCCUUAACACAAAAUAAUGUAGUAUACAGACCUAAUACUAAUAUGUGUAUAAAAUGUAGCAUACAUCCUUAAGGCAAGAUUGUCAGGUCACCAGUUCUGCAGGUCAGAAAUGGAAAUUGGAGUAUCAAAUAAUGCUUAAAUUCAUAGCCAUAAGAAAGGGAUAAAACAUAUGGUAUGAAUAAUCUGACAUGAUGGUUGGCCAUUUAAAGCACAUUGAAAUAUUUUUUAAUGCCAAUUCAAACACCACAAAUGCUUAAUUAAAUGAACUAAUGUAAAGCUUACGACAUGAAAUAGCACUUGCAGCAUAAUUUUUAUGAUGAAACCAAAAAAUUGUCUUAUAUUGUUGCAUACUAUCAGAGACAUAUGUGAUAUAUACGUCUCUGAGACUAUGACUGGAAUUGUUGGUGCUGUUAUCUGCAUUUUCAUUGGUCAUUACAGUAGCAUCUUCAUUAUCCAAGGGCUAUAAUUCACCUACUCCUUUUCCUGAAAAAAUGUAUGUUAAACAAGUCCUAGCUAGCAAAUUAAAGAUGAUACAAAUUCGAUGUGUACAUCCUGUUUUUAAAUUUUUAAACUUAAUAUGUCAGUCUUUAUGUUAUACAUUCUUUAACAACAGAAACACUGAACUGAGACAAAAAAAUAUGAAUAUGCAUCAUAAGACAUGAAGAAUAAGAAAUUUCAUUUUUCAUUUUUUUUAUCUUAGUGGAAACAUCAAACAGAGAAACCCUUAUAAUCUUGUUAUUAAGUAGAAGUCCUUAAUAUGUAUAUGCUAGUAUUUAUUUUGAAAUAAUUAAAAUUAAUUUUUCUGCGUCACACUGCCACUGUUUGUAAAUGCUGAAAAAUGUUAAAGUUGUCAAUGAUGAAAUAUCGCUUUGACAGAGGCAAUCAUAAAAUAAAUAUUGUUACAUUAAAAAUUAUUUUCAUUUUUUUACCAUUUUCAUUAUGAUAACAUCAAUAUGAAGAUUUUUUUUUCUAUUUGUGUAAUCUCUGACUGUGUAGAUUUAUGCAGAUUUUUGUCCAUAAAGAUCAAUCUUUAUAACAUAGCCACUUAAUUACAGUUUAUGAGUAUGAUUGUUAAAUUUUCAUAUGAUUAUUUGUAAGUAUUGUGUAUAGACCUUAUAAAUGUCAAAAUGAAAUGACAAAUGUGCUAUAUAUCCCAUGAUUCUUGAAGUUUUAAAACUGUUGUUUAAAGCUUACUAUAUUGACCAGGGAAUUUCACCAAAGGACUGUUGGUGAAAUUUUUCAAUCAUUAUUCUAUGGGAAGUGGGAACCCUGGCAUUGCAAUGAAAUUAAUGAGUUUUGAUUGUUAUAGCUGUGAUAUUGUUUAUAAAUUUUUUUGUCCCAGACGUGAAAUGACAAGGGGCAUACACGUGAUGAAGAGUUUCUUGCAGUCUGAAUAUGGUUCGUCCGUCCACUUGCCCGUUACACCUUUCUCAAUAACUACAUGUAAAUGUUAGAUAUAAAUGCUGAAUUAUUUUCUCUUGUGUUAUUUUCCAAUUUAAUAUUGACGUAUAAUGUUAUUAAUAAUAUGAAAAAAAAGAUAUUUCAAAUUUCCGACACAUUUUGAAAUUUCUUAAUUCCAUUUUUCCAUCAAAGUGGGAGCUCGGCAAAUACGCGUCACAAACAUUCUCUAGUUUUCUAAAUCCCAUAAUAUUAUGUCAAUAUUUAACUGUUCAGCAAAUAACGGUAAACAAAUACCUGCGUAUGUUAAUAAUUGAGCUUGAUCAUGUUGUACAUUCCAGUAUUUACUGAUGUUUAACUGGUAUUUGUAACAAGUAAUAGUGUAGAUUAUAUUAAUCCAUCAACAAUCAUAUAAGUGCUACUCUGUUUUUAAUCCAUCAACAAUUAUACAAGUGCUCAUUUGUUUUUGCCUGCAUCAUUAAUCUUCCUUAGAAGUAAUUAAAACCUAAAGAAGUGAUUCUAUGUCACAGACACAGGGCCUUGGCACAAAUUUCAAGCCCAAUCCAUAUAUAUGUGUCAUACAUAUAUGUUGGUUGUGGGUUGGGUACUUGUGUCAAGCCCCUGUGCAUGGUCAGGAAACUUUGGUUGCCUGACUUAAUAAGGAUGAUACAUAUACAUGUACUAUGUUUUCCUCAUGCAGGAAAAAAAUUGUGAUUUCAAACUUUUUCAGUUUUUCUAUAUGCUGAUACACCUACGGACUUCUGUAAUACAUAGUGAAAGAAUGGUUUGUGAGCAAGAAUGUUUAAAGUUUCAUGAUUUGUACCUGGACCUAGGUGUAUGAUUUGUACCUGAACCUUGGUGCCGAAAAUGCACAUGUGUAAUUAAUAUUCAAAAAUUCAAAACAAACCCUGCAAAUUUGUUAAAAGUUUGGAAUCCCAGGACUGAAAAAAAGACAGUUGAUUCUGUAAUGUGAAAUAAAUCUUGUUAUGCAAAGUGA